AUGUACACACAAAUCAGCACAGAGCCGGCCGGGAACAGGGUCUUUGGCAUUACUGAACUACUCGAAGCUAUACUAAUAGAGGUAGACAUGCGGACACUCCUCGUCUCAGCGCAGCAGGUAACCAAAUGGUGGCGUUGCGUGAUACUCCAGUCCAACCGGCUUCAAAAGAAGCUGUUCUUCUCGGGAGACAAUUCCUCCCGGAACAAGUUAAACCCUUUGUUGAAAGGGGCGUUCGAUUUCUGCUUCUUUAACCCGAAAUGGGUAAAAGAUGAGCCUGGUAGCGAUGCUUUCUGGCUAGCUACAUCAUGCGGCGCCAUCUGUCAGCCUGUCCGUUGGCUAGCCGGCGACGAUGGUCUUCGCAUGUCGAGGUUGGUCAACGCCAUCCUCGCCCGCAACAGCGAGAAAGGCGACUGCUUAGAUCAUCCAGAGGAGAGACCCGCUGCUGUGAGGAUCAUAUGGCACCGUACACCAUCGGAGAUACACGGAGUCAGACAACUCAAGGGAAUUGUAGACAGCCGCGAAAUGGCUGCUGGUGUCGUCGUUCAACACUUGAUAGAGAGGGCACUCGUAGGAGCUCCAAGUCCGGCUUUUGUGGCGCUGAGGCAGCUUCUGACCGGUCGCGAGACCUACAUACGUGAAUUUGGAUACGAAACGAGACUAGCGAGAGACUCGUUCCAUAACAAACCUUGGUCUGAAUCGUGA